AUGAAGCGUCUCAUCGCCUUUGACCUGGACGGCACGCUGGCGGAGAGUAAACAAGCUGUCGACUCCGAAAUGGCCUCCAUCCUUGCUCGGCUCAGCCACGUCGCCGACAUCUGUGUCAUCUCUGGCGGAGAUUGGCCUCAGUUCGAGAAGCAGGUCGCCAGCCGCCUUCCCGAGGACACCGACCGUUCUCGUUUCUGGCUCAUGCCGACUACAGGCACCAAGCUAUACCGCUUCGAGGGCGCAGCCUGGUCCCGCAAGUACGCGGACCUCUUCACGGACGACGAGCGCGCCCACAUCAUCAAGGAGCUCCGUGCAUCCAUAGACCGCCUGGGCUUUACGCCCACAGAGGUCUGGGGCGAGCAGAUCGAGGACCGCGGCAGCCAGAUCACCUUCUCUGCCCUGGGCCAGCAGGCCCCGCUGCACCCAAAGGAGGCCUGGGACCCCAAGCAGGAGAAGCGUCGACGCAUCCAGGCCGACUUGCAGCCUAUCCUGCCGCAUGUUUCGGUCCGCAUCGGCGGCGCCACCUCGAUAGAUAUCACUCGCGCUGGUGUCGACAAGGCCUACGGCAUCGAGCGUCUCUCUGAGAUCUCGGGCAUCCCCAAGGCGGAUAUGCUCUUCUUUGGCGACGCCCUCUACCCCGGCGGCAAUGACGCCCCCGUCAAGGACACUGCUGGUGUUGACUCCGUCCAGGUCUACAAUGUCGACCAGACCAAGAGAGCUCUCGAGGCCGUCAUAUUGUGUCUCGCCUGA